AUGCGUCGGAGGGAUCCACCUCCACCUCCACCUCCAGCACUGUUGUUCGCAACCCUAUUAUUCACCAAUGCUCUGGCGGUAUGCUCAAUGAACAUCGACGUCGAACGUCUCGCCGCACGUCAAAGAAUCGACGAGAAAUGGGACGAGAUCGAGCGGUUCGAGAGUGGCGCGGGCCGAUCGAGAAAACUGCGACAAAUUCAACCGAAAGAAAUUAGCAUACAGGUGACAGCACCGUUGUUCUCCAGCCGUUUAUUCGACUACGGACCACAAGCCGGCGAUCAAGAAUUGCCACAAGCUCUUGAUGUUGGAAAAAAGCUUGAACUCACAAAUCCAAUUUCGUUCUACGGAAGUCAAUUCAAGACAGUUUAUGUUUUGUCAAAUGGUGGAAUCGGUUUUGAAGCUGGCGCCAGAUCUUACAAGUCUAAUAUGCUGCCAGGCGCCACACGCAUAAUUGCACCAUUUUGGAAUCGCAAUGAUCUGCGGAACGGUGGAAAGGUGUACUAUAGAGAAGUGACAAAGGGUCGUGUUUUGGAGCGCGGACAAUCGGAAAUUCGUUAUCAAUACGAUAAAAACGUGAAAGUAAUAUCUGCGCUGAUCAUCACUUGGGACAAAAUGCAGCCCUUGAACACCGCGGCGUUGCCCGAAGAAAACACGAACACAUUCCAAGCAGCCUUAUUCAUCACGAGCAACGGCACGUUCGCCAAUUUCAUCUACAGUAAUAUCGGAUGGACGCAAGGCGCCGAAGCUGGCUUCAAUGCAGGAGAUGCUACCAACCAUUUCAAACUUCCGACGUCCGGUACCCCGAAUAUUAUGUAUUUGGAAGAGUACGGUAACACCGGAAUUCCAGGAGAAUGGAUGUUUGAACUCGCUGAACUUCGAGUUAUCAGCUGCAAAGCUGGCAUCAAAGGAGACACGUGUGAUCAAGAAUGCACGUCUGGUGAAUGGGGUCCUGAUUGCGCAUUCUGCUGCCAUUGUAGCGAAGGAACCUGUCAUGCCGUUACGGGAGAUUGUUCGAAAGGGUGCGCAACAUGCUGGGAAGGAUCCAAUUGUCAGAAGCGACAAGACAAAUGUGCGACUAAAACUCAAUGUGCAGCAAAUGCUCUUUCAUUCAAUGACUAUGAUCGGUGUGGAGAGCCAAUUCAGAGGUGUCAGUGUCUUAAUGGAUACCGAGGUGAUGGAUAUAAGCGUUGUGAUGAUGUUGACGAAUGCUCUGCGAACUCAACAAUCUGCCAUCCAGACGCUAUUUGCACAAACACUCCUGGCCGCUACUUUUGUCAAUGCAAAGACGGAUUUACUGGAGAUGGACAGACAGAAUGCGCCCAGUCUCUCCUUCUUCAUUUCGAUACUCACAAGCAACUCCCGAAGCACAAAAACGCAAAAAUGGAAUGGAAUUUGAAACGACCGAUAAAAGUAUUUGGUGAAGUUGUCGAUCGACUGACCAUCACAUCGACUGGAUUGAUAUCGAUCGAUGAAAUGAGCAAAGAUGGACCGGCUCGAUUGGAAGAAAUGCAAUUGGUCGGAAUUGCGCCAUUCUUUGCACCAAUUGAUCUUUCCAAAGGAGGUUCAGUGUCCGUGGAAGAAGUUGAAAAUCGAAACUUACUUCAAAAGGUGACAAGAACGAUUGCGGAAAACUAUAACGACCCAUCAUUUGAAGCGAAAAGUGCUUUAGUGGUGACCUAUUCGAACGUGACGGAUGGAAAACAACGGAGAGGAAAUACUUUCCAAACAUUGAUAAUUGACGGAAAAGGUGCUCGCGGUGAGAAGCUCACAUUCGCCGAGUUGAUCUACCGCGAUUUGCCAUGGGGCUCUGGAGCUGAGGCUGGAAUUCUUUCUCGAGAUGCUGCUUCCUCGAUACUCCUUCCCGCGUCUGGAACUGAAGCAAUUUCGCAGUUCACUAAAUUGAGCAACGUCAAACAGCCGGGGACUUGGCUUUAUCGAAUUGAUCGCGCUCAACUGACACCAUGCGCUCAAGCAAUUCAAUUGCCACCAUAUUGCGACAAGCUGCUCACCGAGCAACCGAGACUUCCAUCAGUCAUUCCAGAUGAAAAGAAAGAGGACAUGAAGCUUCCAACACCCGGAUCAUUCCAAAUUGAUCAACCAUCUGAGACAAUUCGCCCAUCACUCGUUCGAGGAAAUCAAGAUUUAAGAACUAUCAGUGUUACUAGUCAAUCCAUUUCAAAACCGAAAACUACCGUACGACCGCGACCAAACUUUUCGAGCACUCCUCAUCGUCCGAUCGUCUCGCUCUCUGAUGAAGAUUUCGCUUUGGGACCAGACGCAUUUGAGAUUACAUUCCCACCAUUUGUCACAGUUGUUCCUGAAUUAUUCAGACCUGAGGAUAGGAAGAAGUCCAGCGGAAAACCAGCGACAACUCGGCCACUUCCAAACUUUUCAAUGAAAACUCCAUUAGAGGAAGAAGAAGAAGAAGAAAUAGUGCCACCAACGACAAAAUCAACAACCUCAGCGACCACACGAAUUGCACAGACUACCAGGCGAUUGAUUGCCACAACUACUAAAACACCAAGAGAAGAAGACUUUGAGUCGCCAUUUGAAUCGCAAUCAUUUGAUGGAGAAACUCUGAAAUUCACUGAUGAAAUUGAAUCUGCAAUGAAGCACGCAUUUGAAACAACUCGUCGAACUAGCCAAAAGAUGGAAACAACAACAGUUCAAGAAAAUGAAGAAGAGGAAGAAGAAGGAGACGUUGAAGAUGAACAAGGAGAAGCCGAAGUGAUCGAGGCGGAUGAUGCUGAGCCCACUACGACUACAACGAUGGCGACGACAACAACGUCGACGACAACUGAAGCUCCAAUAACAACUACAACGCCUAGAAGAAUUAUGUCGACUACAACUACGCCCCAGUCGAUAUUUGUUUUCACCACCACAAAGGCGCCAGCUCCGCCACCGCGUAGACUGACACCAAAUAAUAUCGUGACAGCUCCACCGAAACAAGCACCUCCGAAUGCGAAUCAUACUGAAGAACAAUCUGAGAGAAAACUUGCAAUAAUCCUACCGGUCUCGAUUAUGCUCGCCUGGUUGUUCAUUCUUCUGUGCAUUGCUGGCUUCAUGUGUUGCAAGAAGCGAGCCUCAAGUCGAGAGUCAUCUCAAUUACGCGCUAUGUACGGUGCUGCUUAUGGUGUGCGACCAACGUCCUUUGAAAGCAAACGCGUCAAGGAAUCCUCGUCGACUUCGUCGUAUGAAGAUCAUCUUGAACGGGCGGCGAGACUUGGAGGGCAAUCGGCAAUCAAUGCUCAACAGGCGGCUAAGCUUACCUUAUACGGCAGUUACUGGAAUAUACCCAGCGGACAUUCUCCGACGACACGGCUUUCAACACAGGAGCAUCGAUCAUCGCCGCCGAGUUUUAUUAACAACGGGUACACUAAUCCGACGCGGUACACCUAUGCAGGGCACUAUUAA